AAUCCGCCCGCGGAAUUCCGCAAAGUCUCUCCCCGGCGUCGCCGUCGAAUGGUACCCUCCAGGCGGCUAUCUCGUCGUCACCUCGCGAGGGCUUCCAUUCGCGAUCUCGUUCGAGAAAGGUGACAUCGUCUCGAGUUCGCCGAUUUCAUUAGAGUUCGUUCAUUCGUUACCCCGGUUACCCCGUCGCGCGAUCGCCGAAGGAGAGAAGUUCCAAUAGACAGUGCGCUCCGACGUGACGUUGUCCUCCCGACCCCCACCCUGCUCCUCAUCGUCUGCGAGAGGGAGAGGAUGGUCUCUGGGUAGACGUGACUCCACGGCGAGGACGGCAGCUUCCGUUUUGCCGAAGGUCUUGGCGAAAAACGUCACGUCCGGUCACCGCGCACCGCGCACCGCGUAUUCACGCUGCGGUGCAAGCGGUACGCCGUUCGCCGGUGGUCUUGGCGAACAACCAGAAAGGAGCGGUGUCGCACCGUCGCGCCGGUAUCCUGAGGCGCCGGUAGGCGAGAAGGCAGAUUCGCCGAGAAGAAGAGGAAGACCGUCGCCUGGCAUCUAGUUCCUGUUAUCCCAGCCAGGCCAGCCAGAUCACCAGCCGGCGAUGCCUGCACCGACGUCAGCGGCGGGUGCGGCCGAGGGCGGCCCGCCCCGCACCGAACUGCAGGAGUUACAGCUCAAGGCCGGUCAGACUACGGAUGAAUCUCUGGAGAGCACGAGGCGUAUGCUGUCGCUAUGCGAGGAGACCGAGGAGAUCGGAGCGAACACUCUGACGAUGUUAGACCACCAAGGCGAACAGCUGGACCGAAUUGAGGAGGGCAUGGACCAGAUUAACGCCGACAUGAGAGAGGCCGAGAAGAAUCUCACUGGAAUGGAGAAGUGCUGCGGCCUUUGCGUUCUUCCCUGUAACAAAGGUGCCAGCUUCAAGGAGGACGAGGGUACGUGGAAGGGCAACGACGACGGUAAAGUUGUGAACAACCAGCCGCAACGGGUGAUGGAUGACCGCAACGGUAUCGGGCCGCAAAGCGGCUACAUCGCCAAGAUCACAAAUGACGCGCGCGAAACGGAGAUGGAGGACAACAUGGGCCAGGUGAACACGAUGAUCGGCAACCUGAGGAACAUGGCGAUCGACAUGGGCAGCGAGCUCGAGAAUCAGAAUCGGCAGAUCGACAGGAUCAACCGCAAGGGCGAAUCGAACGAGACGAGGAUACAGGUGGCCAACGAGCGAGCCCAUCAGCUACUCAAGUAAAGCGGCCACACUCUCUGUCGACCAUCCGCACCCCGUCGGCCGCCCACGAGCGUCACUACCAUCACCCUCCACCACCACCACCACCAACAACAACAACAACAACAACAACAACACAACAGCAACAACAUCGACACCAACAACAGUCAGUACAAUUACACUCGACAGUCCACUCGAUCGUUUUUUGCUCGCGAUUUAUCGCGUUUCGUUUGUUAGAACGUUGUUUCUCUGUUCACGUUUACCGAUACCUUUCGUGUUUGGUAUCGUCGAAACAUGAUAUAAUAUACUUAAUGAAAAUACUUAACCCUAAACUUGACUGAUAGAGUCCGUAAAGUUAUUAGAAUUUUGUAAUAUCCGUUUUCGUUCGAGGUAAGGAACCGUGUGAAUCGCGUAGUCAUAUAUAAGCGUCUAAAAAUCAUUGCAAAGAUACGUAAAGAGGACACUUGCGACCUCCUAAAUAUCGUCUUUCGAACAUUUAACGCAGUUUCUCUUCUCAAAACAUCGUAGAUGUUAAAUUAGAAUAUUCGCUCCGCGAACGAUGCGGCGACGAUGAAAUCGACGAGGUAGAAGAAUAAACGCUGAAUUUGUUGUCGUACUGGUGAGUUAUCUGCUGCAUUUCCUUAUAAUAUAUACGUAUAACGUAAUCUUGGAUUUUCACUCCUUUAGCUUUUGCAAGUUUAGGGUUAAUAUAUACGUCGAAAUAGAUUCAUAUAUUAUAGAUUCGGAGAUUGAGUUUGAUUUUCGGCUUGGCUUUUUAGCGUGUAAAGAGGUAGAUUUCUGAUUUAGCGUCCAAAAAACGUCCAAUCUAAUUUAUUAUCGGACUUCAACUUCGUUAGUACCCUGUUCUGCAGCCGUAAAUUAGAUUUAAUCUCCGAGACGGGCUUUUUUGUCUUUACAAUGGCAAUAAUCCGCCGACGAAGAGCUUCGAUGAUUCGAGGUGUCAGCGCCGCUAAUCGGUCAUCAAAGCUGGAUUAAAAACGGAUCUCUAACUUAAGAUUGUCGGAGCAAUCUCAUACCGAA